ACUAAGGCAGUGAUUCUUAAGAGGUGGCAAGCCAUGUACUCCUUAAUCAUCGAUGUCGGGGAGAAGUUGCGCACUGUCUCUGAUCCCGAGACCAACGCAGUUCUCCAGGAGGAGCUCAGCCAGUUACAGCAAAGUUGGGGGGACACUCAGGUUCAGCUGGAGAAGAAGAAGAUGCAUCUCAGCAGCACCCUACAGAAUUGGGACUGCUGUGAAAAGCAAACUAAGGAAUUAAAAAGCAGGCUGCAAGAGCUGAAAGAGAAAAUAAAAGAUCCACUUCCAGUUGAACAUGAAGAGCUCUACAAAGCCAAGGAACACAUUAAGGAGCUGGAGCAGUCGCUGGCAGACUGGGCCCACAACAUGAAGGAGCUGCGGGCCAUGAAGGUGGAGCUGGCUCCCUGCAUCCUCACCGAGGACAUGAUGGUGCUCGAGGAGCAAGUUGAACAUUUGCACAGGCAGUGGGAAGAGCUCUGCUUGCGAGUGUCUCUGCGUAAGCAGGAGAUCGAGGACAGGCUCAAUGCCUGGAUUGUGUUCAAUGAGAAGAAUAAGGAGCUGUGCUCCUGGCUGGUACAAAUGGAAAGCAAAGUAUUGCAGACUGCAGAUGUUAGCAUUGAAGACAUGAUAGACAAAUUGCAGAAGGAUUGCAUGGAAGAAAUAAACCUGUUCAGUGAAAAUAAGCUUCACUUGAAGCAAAUGGGUGAUCAGCUAAUCAAGGCUAGCAACAAGAGCCGAGUUGCAGAAAUUGGUGAUAAACUCAACAAAAUCAAUGAUCGCUGGCAGCAUCUCUUUGAUGUCAUUGGAGCACGGGUGAAGAAACUGAAGGAAACAUUUGCUUUUAUACAACUGUUGGACAAAAAUAUGAGUAACCUUCGCACGUGGUUGGCCCAGAUUGAGUCUGAGCUUUCCAAGCCUGUUGUUUAUGACAUCUGUGAUGACCAAGAAAUCCAGAAGAGACUGGCAGAACAGCAGGAUCUGCAACGAGACAUAGAGCAACACACCGCAGGCGUGGAAUCUGUAUUUAAUAUUUGUGAAGUCCUGCUACACGAUUCAGAUGCAUGUGCUAAUGAGACAGAGUGUGACUCCAUCCAGCAGACUACCAGGAGUUUGGACAGACGGUGGAGAAACAUUUGCGCCAUGUCAAUGGAAAGACGAAUGAAAAUCGAGGAAACCUGGCGCCUGUGGCAGAGGUUUUUGGACGAUUAUUCUCGCUUUGAAGAUUGGCUAAAAUCAUCUGAAAGGACAGCAGCUAAGCCUAAUUCUUCAGAGGUUUUGUACACAUAUGCAAAGGAGGAGCUGAAGAAAUUUGAGGCAUUUCAACGGCAAAUUCAUGAGCGACUCACUCAGCUGGAGCUGAUCAAUAAGCAGUACAGGCGCCUUGCCCGCGAGAACCGCACCGACUCAGCCAGCAAGUUGAAGCAGAUGGUACACGAAGGCAACCAGCGCUGGGAUAAUCUCCAGAAACGAGUCGCUGCCAUUCUGAGGAGACUCAAGCACUUCACCAAUCGGAGAGAUGAGUUUGAGGCCUCGAGGGAAAGCAUCCUUGUUUGGCUCACAGAAAUGGACCUCCAGCUGACAAACGUGGAGCACUUCUCAAAAAGUAACUUUGAUGACAAAAUGCGCCAGUUAAAUGGUUUCCAGCAGGAAAUAACACUAAAUACCGAUAAGAUUGAUCAGCUAAUCGUUUUUGGGGAGCAGUUGAUUCAGAAGAGUGAACCUUUGGAUGCUACCCUCAUUGAAGAUGAAUUGGAAGAACUUCAUCGAUACUGUCAGGAAGUGUUUGGGCGAGUUGCCCGGUUCCAUGAAAGACUGACUUCAAGGCAUCCUGGAUGGGACGAUGAAAAAGAGACCUCUGAAAGUGAGACAGAUCCAGAAGACUCCAGAGAAAUCCAGAAUGAUCCCUGGCAUGAGACGGCCAUCAGCGAGGGGCUGUCGUCACAGUCCCUUUGCCAUCUUACGGCCCCUACUGAAGGUCAUGAAAGAUCAGGCUGUGAAACCCCUGUCAGUGUUGACUCCAUCUCACUCGAGUGGGAUCACACAGGUGAUUUGGGAGGUUCUUCUUCUCAUGAAGACGAAGACGCAUCAUACUACAGUGCUCUGUCAGGAAAGUCUGUUUCAGAAGCUCAUCCUUGGCAUUCUCCAGAUAAUCCAGUCUGCAGGAAACAUCAAUACAACCAGGCAGAGAUAGUUGAAAAUGUGUCAUCUGGUCCGGAGACAAGUACUCCCUAUAAGCCAGACUAUGUGAAGCAGCUCAGCUCUGCAAGCAGCAGCAGCCUCAACAAGGAGAAAAUUACAUCUGCUUACAGGAGCGAUGAAGAACCUCAAGAUGACCAAGAGCUUGCAAACAUAGCAGCUUUGGAGAAGCAGUCAGGCAUUAUUGGUAGGUGGGAGCUCAUCCAAGCUCAAGACCUCAGAAAUAAACUUAGGAUGAAACAGAAAUUGCAUCAGUGGCAGCAGCUGAACUCAGAUCUCAGUGACGUCUCUGCUUGGCUUGAUAAAACUGAGGAAGAGCUGGAAGAGCUGCAAAAAGUGAAACCUCCAAGCAGCAUGAGGGUGUUGGAACAAAGGGUCAAGAAACUGAAAGACAUGCUUAAAGCAUUUGAUAACUACAAGGCAGUGGUGCUUUCCGUUAACCUGAGCAGCAAAGAAUUCCAGAAAGCGGAUAGCACAGAGUUCAAAGAGCUUCAGAACAGGCUUCGGAAGGUGAACUUGCAUUGGGAGAAAGCAGCUCAUGCAUUGGACAACUGGAGGAAAGGAUUGCAACAAGCCCUACUGCAUUGCCAGGACUUCCAUGAUCAGAGCCAAAACCUAAUGCUGUGGUUAGCAAGUGCUGAUAGCCGAAGGAGUGAAGCACAAAUCACAGAUCCAAAUGCUGAUCUGAAUACAAUACUGGAAUGCCAAAAGCAGUUAAUGCAACUGGAGAAAGAGCUGCUGGAACAACAGCUUAAAGUAAACGCACUUCAAGAGCUCACUGCUAACCUGCUGCUUAAAUCAGACAGUGAUUACAUUGAAGCUGAUGAGAAGGUCCAUGUAAUUGGAAGGAAACUGAAACGGCUUGUUGAACAAGUUUCACAUAGCUUAGAAACAAUACAAGGAAAUCUGGAUACCAAAACGUUCCUGCGAGUUCCAGAUGACUUGAACUCAGGAGCCUAUAAUCCAGUCACAGUGAAAUCCAGCCCUGCUGUGAAGAAG